AUGGCUCACAUUGCGACUUGUAUCGCCAACCUGGAGCCUGGCUCUAUAUCAAAGCCAUCAUCUCCAGCACUAUCGAUGCUUUCUACCACACCACCUACAUCGUCAAUGGAGAAGCCGUUUGCCUGGAGAAUGCUUCCAACGGACCAAAAAAAGUACCAACUAUUCCCAAAGGACAAACAGCUUCCGAAUUUGAAUAUAAACAAGUCCUUAGACCCAGAAAUGGCAUUUGCUGUAGCCAUGGGCGAUAGAAAUGACAAACAGGUUGCGUCUUCAACUUUGCGCCUUCGGGUCAACCAACAUAAUCCUAUUAGACGACGGAAAAUCAGCGUGCCCGAAUUAGAACCCAUGACUACCGUUCAGGAAAUUGCAAUGGACUCCCCCACGAUACCUGGACGACCACCUCUCCACGAACGCUCUGCCAGUGCCCCCGAGGACGCAAGAGAAGAGAGGCAACGGGCACCAAUUUUCAUCAACGACAUCAGAUUACCCAUUGGCGACGAGCUUUCCAUGUGUAUUGACGAAGCUCUUCCUCCACACGCCUUUGGUGCCCCCGUCUCACAGUCUUGUGCUCGACGGUUGACUCCUCUAGUUAUUCCUGCCAACGAGCUUCCAGCCCCUCUUCUGCAAUCCAGAGUCUCCAGUGCCAAACUUAGGUCGGAUAGCACACCCCCAAUGACAUCUUCUCGGAGCGCUCGCAUUGAAAACUCACCCCUCAGUCGAUCACGAAUCACUCCAAGCACUUCCUCACCUGAUCUCUCGUAUCCAAGGUCUGCCACAAUUGAGACCUCGUCUACAGUUACGUUACCAACUCCGAUAUCCGCUCCCAUCAUGGAGUCUCAUCGUGCCUCCCCAAGACCCUGGGAUGGGGCUAGCAUUCGCUCAGCGCAAAGUGACCGAGGUGUGCUGCCGCCUCUACUGGACGAGCCACGGAAACCCAAUGUGCACAUGCAUCGCCGUGGAGCAUCAGAGUCUUCAACGUCCAUGAUGGACCGUGGAAGGCCAAGAAAGCGAGCCGAAGUUCGUAAUAACAAUGGACCCAUCCUGAAAUCCAACGACACAAAGAGGGCUAUGAGUUGUGAGAGACGAGCUUUCGAGGAACUGCCAAAGGGAUGGAAACCGUCGGAGGCAGUGCAAAAGCUCAGCGCGAAAGACAUUACGGCCCUUCACAAACAGGCCUUAGGACAGGCGGAAAGGUUUGAAGUUCUCAAGAUCGAGGACGUCGAUGCUCUAUCAAAGGAACUUCGACACCUAGAUGAACGAACCGAUUACCUGCGCCGCACAUACACGUCACUGCGCGCCGGACGUCGCAAUUUGCACUCACGCAUCUGCCAGUACCUUCGGUCGCCGAGGGUGGCCAAAUUUAGCCAUGAAUCCAUGCUGAAGCAGGAGGAGGCAUUGGCUGAACUAGACGCAUCAAUUGAUGACUGGGUCACCAAGCUGGAACAGGCAGAGAAUCGUCGUACUAGAGUUCGUCAGAAGCUCCUUGAGCAUGUUGCGGCUGCAACCUUGCUCCCUGUUGCAAGCGCGGGACCUGGCGUGACAGAGCCACUUCAGCAGGUCAUGUCUCCUGGAGGCCCUCGUGAACUAUCUACACCACCGCGAAGCCCAUCCAAAACAGAGUUUGCAAGUCGAGCUGGGAGCGCCUCACCGUCUCCUCAACGGGUCGUUGCUCAAGUCCCUAGUACAAUUCUUGAGCAACCUGUUGUUGAAGAAGCUGCUGAAAAUGGAUCCAGUCUCAGCAGGGCCGACAGUGCAGUCACACUCAAGAGAUCUGAUGUCGAGAGUAUCCGCAUAUAUGCCGGUGAUGACGUUUACGCACUUCUUGCUGACGUAGAGAACGAAAUCUCCAAGAUGGGCGCUGGCAGCUCGCCUACGCCGACACCUGAACCAACUACUGCCACUGCCAAGGAGAUUCAACACCAGAGACAACGAAGCCACGAGAAACUUAGCGGCUGGGCCAAUGGUCCAAGCCCUCCCCCUCUUGGCUCUGGAGCUGCAUCCUCUACUUCUGCAGGUCCCAAAGAAACCACUCCAGGUACCAUCAAUACCACACCAACCACUACACCAACCGCUGCUCCUCCUCCUCAGCCCACACCAUCUUCCAGCUCAAAAACCACGGGUAGCGUGGCUGCCGCGGUCGCUGCCAUUAACAGGGAUUGCAAAAAUGCAACUCCUAGUCCAGUGUCACCUAACACCAAGGAUGGAGGCAAAGAAGAUGCCAUUCUUCUUACUUCAGCCGUCUUCAAACCAUAA